AUGGACGUGGACGAGGAAAAUACAGUCUCUGCUUCAAUUGCUGAUUCUUCCACUGUAGGGGCUGAUGAUCAAACUGUGGUUCCAGCUAUUGAUACAAUGUUCAUUCAACUAGUUCAACCCAUAAUUGUACUGCUUAUAACAACCCCAGCUGUGCCUCCUAUCGGUCCAUUGCCUGCUGUUCCUCUUCCAGUACCUCAGCCACUGGCAACACUCCCUGUUCGCCCUCCUGUUGUCAGGCCAACUUUGGCACAGAAUGAGACCCGAGAACUAGUGAUUCUGAUUCAGACCAAUAUGAGACAGGAUCAGGUCCUGCCAGUGCAAGUGAAUCUCACGAAUACGAGAUCGCAGAAGAGAUCAGACUGGGAGAUGGAGAGGCGGGAUCAUUUGCGGAUGCUCAUUGCAAAGCUUGACACAGAGCGCCAGUUGGAAAGGCUGAUGAAAGCUCAUGAGGAUGAAGAAGCAGCAGCUGCUUCUGUACCAAACGAGAUGGAAGAAGAUAUCCCGUAUCCCUUUUACACGGACAGGUCCCGAGCACUUUUAGAGGCCCACUAA